AUGGCUCACCACCAAAACAACCAAAACAACACCCCAAAUGGCUUUAACCAAUCCCAAGUUGUAGUGGUCAUGGUGCCCUUGCCAGCACAAGGCCACCUCAACCAACUCCUCCACUUCUCCCUCCUCGUCUCCGCUCGCGACAUCCCCGUCCACUUUGUGGGCUCCCCCACCCACAACCGCCAAGCCAAGCUCCGAGUCCACGGUUGGGAUCAAGCCUCGGUCUCCAACAACGUCCAAUUCCACGACUUCCAAAUCCCUCCUUUCCCCUCCCCUCCUCCCAACCCCAAUGCAAAAAACAAGUUCCCCUCUCAUCUCCAGCCCUCCUUCGAAGCCACCACGCAUCUCCGCCAGCCUGUGGCGGAUCUCCUACGCCAACUGUCACCCAAAGCAAGAAGAGUCAUCGUCAUCCAUGACUCCAUGAUGGCCUCAGUCAUCCAAGAUGUUGCUUCCAUACCAAAUGGAGAGUCGUACACUUUCCACACUGUGUCUGCCUUUGCGUUAUUUUUGUACCUGUGUGAAGCGAUCGGACGGCCAGAAAUGCUCGAGGAGCUACACUUUGAGAUCCCAGAUGACACCCCAUCUCUUGAAGGCUGCUUCACCAAUGAGUUCUUGGAUUUCAUUGCUGCACAAUAUAAGUGCCAAAAGCUGAACAACGCAGGGAACAUUUACAACACUAGUAGGACUAUUGAAGGACCUUACAUGGAUUUUCUGAAUAGGAUUGGAGAUCACCAGAAGCAUUGGGCUCUUGGACCAUUCAACCCAAGUACAAUAUUGAAAUCUGGUAAUUCAAAUGGUGGCAGGAGGCACAUGUGUUUGGAUUGGUUGGAUAAACAGGCACCAAACUCAGUGAUCUAUGUGUCUUUUGGAACAACCACAGCCAUGAAAGAUGAGCAAAUUGCAGAGCUGGCAAUUGGGUUGGAGCAAAGCAACCAAAAGUUCAUUUGGGUACUGAGGGAUGCAGAUAAAGGUGACGUUUUCAGCAAUGAAGAGGAGAGAAGAGCUGAGCUGCCACAAGGGUAUGAAGAGAGAGUCAAAGGAAGGGGCUUGGUGGUGAGGGAUUGGGCCCCACAGUUGGAAAUCCUGGCCCACAAAUCAACUGGAGGGUUUGUGAGCCACUGUGGCUGGAACUCAUGCAUUGAGAGCAUCACAAUGGGGGUGCCCGUAGCAGCUUGGCCAAUGCACUCAGACCAACCAAGGAACACAGUUUUGAUCACAAAGCUGCUUAGGGUUGGUGUUGUGCUGAGGGAUUGGGCCCACAGGGAUGAGAUUUUGACAUCACUGAGUGUUAAAAAUGGUGUGGAGAAAUUUAUGGGAUCUAAAGAAGGGGAUGAGAUUAGGAAGAGGGCGGCAGAUUUGGGUGCUGCCGUCCGGCGGUCCAUGGUUGAAGGUGGAGCUUCUCACAUGGAAUUUUCUUCUUUCAUGGAUCAUAUCACCAGAUACUAG